UAUUAAAGAAAACUUGAGAAAAUCAUUUGCUCAGUCAGCAAAUGACUUUCAGAAAAAUUUGGAAUCUAUUUCUUAUUCUUUGGUUGAAUUAGAUGGUGAAUUAGAGAUUCAACUUAGUACAGUUAAAGCAAUUUCAGCUAAAUUAGGUCCUUUGGAAAAAUCUCUUGGUCAAAUACAAGAAAUUGAUGCAAGAUGUCAAGAAGCUAAUAUUGAAGAAAAUGAUUACACAGUUUUUUCUGUAGAUGAUUUGAAAUUUGAAUUAGGUCUUGUACAACAGGCUGUCACAAAAAAAAUCUCUUUUAUUGAAGAUCAAAUUGUGUCUAGAAAUAUGACAAAUUUGACACCAGCACAACUAGAAGAAUUUGAAA